AUGCUGGAUCAAAUGAUUAGCAAGGCUUUCCAAAUUUGUGAAAAAAUUGACAAUAAAGAUGUUUAUGUGGAUAUUUGUUGUGUUCUUACAAGCCAUUUCAAGGAAUACAGCAAAGCUUUGAAGAGGCAUGAAGAGUCUCCUUCCCAUCCAGUGGAGUCCUUAUAUAAGAAAUCUCAUCCAACCUCAAAUGACAAACAAUACCAAUGUGCAGAUCACUGCAUAAAUUUGCUUAGAAUUGUUCUUAAGGAACUUAUUCCCUGGGAACUCUGGGACACUCCGCACUCCGAACUACUUGUGAGAGUAUUGGCAAAGAAGCUGGACACAUUUAUAAAUGACACACUAAUUGAUCCAGUUUGGUUAAAUGAUAAACUGUUGACAUUGAUAAAAGGAAAGAAUGAAGAAAAGAAAGCAGAGGCCCUAAUCAAAGGAAUGGAAGGCAAUGAAGAAUUGAAGAAAGAGGAACCUGAAGUCUUUACAGAAGGUAAUCCAAUAUAUUCUGCGGUGGAAUCUACAUUUUCUUCACCUGUUACGAAAGCUGUCACUGUAACUCCCAGGAGAGAGCUUGAUGAAGAAGGCAGGAAGGAUGUCCCAGAAAAAAUGGAAAGUAUAAUAGAAGAAGUGCCUAUUCAAACCACGGAGCCUAUGGAUAUAAAAUCAUCUCCAAUUUUAAGGCAAAGAAGGGGCAGGCAAGGAAGAAAUGAAGUGAAAAUUUAUGAUAGAGUUAUUGAAGGCAGUAUGAAAACUUGGGAAACUGACAUGGACCUGCAAUGCAUCAGCUUAGGGCAGGAUCUACUUGCGAGCCUGGAUGGCGAGAUAACGCUCAGCCGGCUAUGGGGACAAGAUGUUGACCCUGAUGGUAGCCCAAACCCUCCACGAGCUAAAUCACCACAGCCAUUCUGGUUUGGCGAGGAAGAUGCCAUUGAACUGGAGUGUGGAGACACCAGCCCCCAAAAGCCCAGCCCUGUCAAGAAGGAGAGCAGUCCUAAACCCACUGAAGUGCUCCUCAAGGACAUUCAGAGCACCGUCCACCAGGCUAAGAGCAAGAUAGGAGACCUACAGGUCCCAAUAUCAAACCUAGAUGUGCCCUGCAAGCAUUCCAGUGACGAGGCGGCAGGCAUGAUGGAAGGACUCCUGGACUUUGGGAUCGCUGGAAUAAAGAAGGGUCUUCGCUUUACGGGGCUCAGUGAUGACUCCCAAGAGAAAUCACCAUUGCACCAAAGUAGAGACAGGGGGGCAGAGAAGAUAUCUCCUCCACAAGACUUGGGCAGGGGAAGGGCUCAGGUGACUGAGCACAGGGAGAUACCAAUCGCGAGCAAAGAGGAAAACGGCUCAAUCCACACGCUGGUGAAACAACAUCGGGUGACGUCACAAGACAGUAUGCCGGUCCAGGUGAGGGGCUCUGGUAGCUGGCCCAUGACCGACUCCCCGGAGCCGGAAUACGAGGAGGCCGCCGACCUGUCCACCAGCAUCGCCAAGCUGCGGUGCCUGCUGCAGCAGAGGGCCGAGACGGCCCACCACAGGUCGGACGACAUCUGGUGGGAAGGCGCCGAGGAGACGAGGGGUCGAACCCAACACCACCAUUCGUCGCGGCCGGUCGACACGGCAACACUCGCUGACGAGUACGAUAUGACAAUGGAGAGAAAUUCAUCUCCCGGGCAGACCACAAACAAUAUGCAGAGGCUGGAUAGGCUGUUCCAGCGGACUGUGACCGGUGUCUUCAACUCCAUAAAGACAGCUGUGGGCGCCGAGGGCGAGGAAUCCGCGCCCCGCCCUUUGCACGAUUGGAACUACGUCUGUACAUCACCGGAGCUCAGCGGCCCUAGGUGUCGUGAGGUGACGAGGUCGAUGACGUCACGGCGCGCGUUGAUGACGCGAUCGGCGCAGGUGGGCGGCGCGGUGGUGCGGCUGGUGAGCGCGAGGCGCGCGCUGAGCCACGUGGAGGCGGCGCUGGACCCGCUGCAGCCGACCGCCCCCCGCCCCCAACGCCCCCUGCCCCCCGCCGAUUUCGAGGAGUGGUGCAGCACCGUGGGCGGCGCGUGGAGCGGCACGUGCGCGCUGGCCGGCGCCCUGGGCUGCUGCCGCUCCCACGUGGCCUUCCGCGUCGCCACCUUGCUCUUCGCCGACCUAGCGGAGUCCCUGUUGACCGUCUGGCUGGACGAGCUGGGCUCUUGGCUGCGGGAACAGAUUUUCGCGGCGUUCGAGCAGAUGUCAAACGAGGGUGCGGACUCGAACCCGGGAAGUCGAAAGCUGCGCGAUUUCGACGUGGAGGAAACUUGCGACGCGAUCAUGUCCAUCAUACCAGAGGCGUGGUGCGCGGCCGCGGCGCGCUCGGGGGCGGCCCUGGCGCUGCGCAGCGUCCGCCACCGCGCGCUCAACCGGGACGUGCUGCUGCGCAUCGUGGACCUGCUCGCCGCGCGCUUCUCCCGCGCCGCCGCCGCCCGCCGCAGCGCCGACGCCGAC